UUCAUUGUUGCAUAACACAACUUUUUUUUUUUCCUUUUUGUUUCCUAGGACACAGUUCUCGAUCAUUUGUUGGGCAGACUGGAAGAUAAGCUUGUCAAUUGCUUACUUCGGGCCCCUCUUGACAGAGAUUAUCUUCAGUUUAUGUGUACCCAGGAGAUGGUCAUAAUGUCAGCAUUGUCAAGCCAGAUUGAAGUUCCUCAGGCAGUGUAUGAUCUCCUUGUUGAGCUGCACCGUCUGGUCUCAGACCAAAAUCCUACUCAGUUUCAGAGGAUCGUUCACAUGGAGAGGGGAGAUUUUGGCCGCCCCCGUUUUAUAAUUGAGAGGGACCAUGUGUGUCAGCUUUUGGAAAUGGGACAGUCAGUAAGCUGCAUUGCGACGCUGUUUGGGGUGUCAAGGUGGACCUUGCACAGGCGCAUGACAGACUGGAAUCUUUCCAUGAGACAGAUGUACAGUCAGUUGAGUGAUGCUGAACUUAAUGAUGUGGUUCGCGACAUCCUUUCCCGAAACCAAAAUGCUGGAUACAGAAGAAUGUUGGGCCUGUUAACUGCAAGAGGACAUAGAGUUCAGUGGGCAAGGGUACGUGCAUCUAUGCAUCAAGUGGACACAGCAGGGAUUGUCUCACGAAUAACCCAGUUGGGUUGCAUAGUUCGCAGGACAUACUCUGUUCCAGGGCCCAGAUCACUGGUGCAUAUAGACACCAACCACAAGCUAAUCAGGUACAACAUUGUCAUUUUUGGCGGUAUCGAUGGCUUCUCAAGGAAGAUAAUGUACUUGAAUGCUGCAAACAACAACAAAGCAUCAACAAACCUGUCCUUCUCCGAAGCCGUAGAGAAAUUUGGUUUGCCUCAAAGGGUGAGGGGAGACCAAGGGGUCGAAAACAUUGAUGUGGCCCGACUGAUGUUUGACAUACGAGGAGCAGAAACAGGCAGCUUUAUUGCUGGGAAAAGUGCCCAUUAUCAGCGAAUUGAAAGGCUCUGGCGGGAUGUCUUCACAGCAGUGACAGGCUUUUUCUACAGUGCCCUGCACCAGGCAGAGGAGGAUGGCCUGCUGGAUUUGUCUAGCAAUCUCAACCUCUUCUGUUGUCACUAUGUUUUCAUUCCACGUUUGCAAGCCAGACUGGAUGAAUUCAGGGAUGGCUGGGACAAUCACCCUCUGUCAACAGAGGGAAAUCGCACUCCCAAUCAACUGUGGUUCUUAGGCCAAUACCACAACUCAGAAGACCACAUUGAUGAGGUGGCUUUCAAGGUGUGUCGACCCUUGCCCACUGAGUGA